UGGUCGAAGGUUGUUCAUAGCGUAUCUUGCGUGUAAUUUUGUAAUAAUUUAUUUAUUUUUUGGUCGUUGUAUAUCCAAAUUUUAGAAUAUAUUUUGCGCAGUUUUUAUUUUAAGUAAUUAAAUAGUAAAUUUUACAUUGUCGUAAGAUAUAAAAUUCGUUUUUCGUUAUGCAACGUAAUAUGGAGGCCAGGCCGACGCCUAUAAUCAAAAGGAUAGAUGUUUAGUUUGUCUGGUUCAAUUAAAGACUUGUGGAAUCACAAAUUCCAAUUCUCAAGAGAAUUCAGUUCAAUAUUAAGUGAACGUACCUCUUUAAGUGCGACAUUAGGAAUUUUAAUGAAAAUGCCGCGUAUUGAUCCAUUGCAAUUAUUAAAAUGCCUGUCGGUCCUUCUGACGCCAACAGGAGGCAUUUUGUCCAAAGAAGAGGUACCCAGGGUGGUAAACUUAAUGACAAAGUUUUCUAAGAAACUGGUCAGUAAGUGCGUUUAUGUGCUAAUACUGAAAGUGACAGAGAAAGACUUGGUUGAUAUUUUCAUGGCCGAAGGUGGCUGGGUAUUGGUGCAAACUUGGCUCCAAGAUGCAAUUCAUGUGUCAAACUGGGAUUUAGUCAAAGAAAUCCUUGGACUACUGAUAGUCACCCCAGUUGAUGUAGAAAGACUCAAGCUCAACAACAUUCCUAAACUAGUGAAAAUGUUGUCCCGGAAAGAGGACAUGCCAGAAGUCCAAAAGUUGGCCUCAACACUAGUAGACAAUUGGUUGGUGCUUGUGAAAACUAAUAACCUCCAGGUUCAAAACAUUUCAUCCACUUCAGCCACUGAAGCAGAGUCUGCAGAUUCAGAAAGUAAAGAAGUGCAAAAUCAACUGACCACAGUUGACGUGAAGGCUGAGAUAGCUUUGGGCACGGAGACGGAGAUCAAAAACGAAACGGACGGUGUUGUCGCAGCCGGGGAGAACACUAACAAAGAUGCCGCAGAGGCGGAGAAAGAAAACGUCGCCAACACGACGGAGAAAGAAGACGCUAAAGUGCCUACAGAAAGCUCAGAGGACAAGACUGCAGAGAAAAAGUCCAGUAGCAGCUCGCGGAGCAGCUCCAGCAGCAAGGACAAGAAGAGGUCGUCCAGCAGUUCAAAGAGCAGCAGCAGCAGUAGUAGCAGCAGUAGCAGAGACAAAAGUAGGGACAAAGACAGAAAGGACAAGGACAAGCAUAGGAGCAAUGGCUCAUCCAGGCACAGCAGCAGUAGCAGAAGCUCAAGCAGCAGCAAAGAGAGGAGAAGCAGCAAGGACAAAGACCGACACAGAGACAAAGACAAAGACAAGGACAAGGACAAAGAGAAAGAUAAGUCCAAGCAGGCGGAAAAGGACAAAGACACGUUGGCCAAACUGAAGCCCCAGAGCCUGGACAAGGUGGGCAAGAUACCCAAGAAGUCCGACAAGGACGAGAAGGACGUGAAAAAGAAGCCCACAAUGUCGAUAGAGGUGCGCAAGAACAGAGAGGACCGGCCUAAGACCGUCAAGAUUUUCAAUUCGAAAAUGCGUUCGACUGGCCUCGAGGAAGAGGUGAAGCCGCCGCCGCCGCGACCCACCAAGAAGCCCUCGGUCCAGCUGCCCACCAUUCCGUCGAAACGUCCCUCCCCGCCCAAGGACGUGAUAUCCACGCCGCCCGAGAAGAAGCUGAAGCUCGACAUAACGGACAAGAUCGAUAGGCCGGGCGCCAUCAAACUGAUACCACCCAAACCCAAACCGACUGUACUACAAGAAAGCGACAUAUUCAUGGACGCCCUCACCGCCGCAACGACGAAGAAGGAGGUGAAGAAACGCAAGAGGCGCCCCAGCCUCUCCAAAGAGACGCCCAGCUCGCCGACGGUGGGCGCCACCAGCGGUGACCAGUCGAACGUUCCCAGCUCGCCGGUUUCAACAGCGUUGGGCUUCAAGAACAUCGCGCCGAUUAACUUCUAUCAGGACACGUUGAGUACCGAGACCAACGAGAACGAGAACGAAGACGGCGACAACAAGGAGGACGACGGUUCGGGCACGCCGACCCAAGAAGGUGACGACGAGGAGGGCGAUGUGAAACGCGUGAAGAUCAGCGAGGACGGACUCAAGGGUGUGUUGUGCUACACCAAGAGGAAAGGUCCGAAACGGUCGAUCAGGUGGCGCUCGGACGACGACCUGGUCGAGGUGCGCUACUUCGAACUGGACGAAACCGAACGCGUGAACGUCACCAAGACCUUCAUGGACAUGGCCAAGAUGGAAAUGUGCGGCGAAAGGGAGGCGGUGAUGAGGUCCAGGAAGCUGACCAGCGAGGACAUAAUGGGCGAGCAGACCAUGUGGCGGCCGCCGAUCGUCGUCGAUCUGCCCGAUCCGUUGGCCGUGCCCGGCUCCAAGAGCCUGGAGAAGGACAUCCAGUUCGCCAGGGAGAAGAGCGUGCUGCCCGCCCAGUACUUCGACAAGCGCCGGAUACCGGACACGCCGUACGAACCCGAUCCCGAGCACCAUCAGAUGAAGGAUCCGGUCAUCAUUCCGCUGGACGAUCCGGACGGCACCGAGACCGAUCUGCGCAACACGCCGUGGCCGGAGCCGAAGGGCUCGCCGCCGCAUGUCGACAACCCGCCGAUGCCGCAGGGCAUGUUCCCCAACAUGCCGGGCGGCUUCAAUCCCAACAACUUCCCCCAAAUGCCGCCGCCCGGCUUCCCGGGCAUGCCUCCCCGCUUCCCCGGACCUGGUGGCCCGGGUCCGAACAACUUCAUGCCGCCCAACAUGAUGCCGAACGGCAACAUGAUGGGGCCGCCCAACAUGGGACCGCCGCCCGACAUGAUGAACCAGGGACCGAUGAACCCGAACAUGUUCGGGCCGGGACACGGCCCGGACGGUUUCAAUCAAAAUGACAAUCCCAACUUCGGUAUGCCUUUUAAUCAACCCAACAUGUUCCCGCCGAAUAACUUUAACAUGCGGGGCAACGGGAUGAGGGGCGGAUUCAGGGGCAGGGGCGGUCCCGGUAACGGACCGUGGGUGAGGAUGAACAUGCCUGGGGGCAAUUGGAACAGGGGCGGGGGCGGUGGACACAGGGGCGGCAGGAUGUGUAAAAACGUUAAGAAUCACGGCUACUGCCGGAACAUUGAUAACUGCCCGUUCAUACAUUAAACCUAACGUUCUGAUUAAUUUGCGACCCGUGGUACAGUUUAUAUUAAACUGUGGAAAUUGUGAUAAUAAUUUUUAAGACGGAGAAAUUUUUAGUGUUGACCACUGCUGUAAAUAGUACAAAUCGAAUCUAAUUUGAUUUUACUAGGUACGAUGUUAAUCUCUAUGUUUAUUGUGAUAUUUAACUGGCAGUUAAGUGAUGAAUGAUAUUUAUUUAGGUGUAUAUAUAUUUGUACAAAGACUAUUUUGUAAGAAUUGACAUAUAUUUCUGUUUUGUACAUUUUGUUACACCUUUUUAUAACUUUAUUAAGAUGUUAAUAUUGUAAAAAGAACUUUCUAGCAUUUAAUUUUUUAAGGAGUACAAUUUUUUAAUUUAUAACAAUAUAUUUUGUACAAACGACAAUUUUGGUUUUAUUUUUCUUUGUGCAUUUUGAUGUAACCGAAUGCGUGUCCUACUUUUUAAGAAAAGCUAGCGGAAUUAUAGGUUAUUUAGUAUUUUUAAGUUGGUAGUAACUAAAUUUGUAAGCAUCAGAGAAAGCUUUAUUUUUUAUUUAAGUGGUUCAAUAAUUUAU